AUUGUUCGCGUCACCGCCGCGAAAGCAAAAUGCAAAUGUCGCUGCCGAAGUUACAAGAAGAAACUCGAUUCACACACAAGACACCACAAAAUAGAAAACAGCUUCGAAAAUUCUUUUAAUUUGUUCUCUUUUAUUUUGUAAUUUAUUAUUUAAACAAGAAUAAAAAAAAAUACGAAAAAACGGUGUGAAAAAACGUGGCAAAAUUCAACAAAUUAUACACGGUAAUAUUCGUGAAAAGUGAUUGUGAAUAAAAAAGAAGCGAAAAAAAAAAAUAGAUUUUGUGUGAAACACACCAAAUGGAUGGAAUCGUUCGGACUUGUGAAACGACAAAUAAAUUUUAACUCGUUCGACAAACAAAAGAAAAUUGUGUUUGCAUGUGAUUCAAAUGAAAAUUGAAAUACUUUUUUUUCGAAAAGAUGUAUUUACCGUCAGUGAAAAAGAAAUUGCAUCGAAUAUAAAAUGAUUAAAUGGAAAUUGAAAAUCUAAGUUUAUGUUAUGGGUGUUUGCAUACAAAUAAUUUGUGAAUUUUCAAUAAAAAUCAGCAUGAAAUUCUGCGAAAUGUAUGUGUGCACGAAGUGAUUAAUGAUUGAAAAGAAAAUCAAAUCCAAGUAAAAAAGAAAAAUAAGUGAGCAAAAAGUGUGCUUUAAAACGAAAUAGAAAUAAUAGGAAAAAGAAGAAGAAAUGUCAGUUGUGUAAUCCAAAGUGAAAGAGAAUCGUGAGGCUUGAAACGAACCCAAGUGACUUGGAGACACACCGUCGAAAAAGGAAAAAAAGAUUGAAAUAAACAGAAAAUAAAAAAAUACAAAUUGAAAACGUGAAAAAGAAUUUGUUUUUCGAUCAAAAAUUGAGUCGAAAAUCGAUGUGAACGAUUUCAUUUCGAUUGAUUUCAGACGUGUUUCGUGAGACAUACGCGCGCGCUUCGGAUGGUGCGUGUCGUGUGUGUGUGAGAGCGUGUAUAUUGUUUUUUUUUUUCAUUUGCUAUAUAUGUGUGUUUAUAUGCCUCAUGAACGAAUGUGCUUGUGUACAAAUAACCGAAGCAUUGUGUAGAUGAGCAAAUCACCGAAUACGAACGGUUUUAGUAUUCAUUUUUUGUGUUGUUGAGAACUAAAAUGGCGCAACAACAAAAUGACAGCUUAAAUCAAAUGCCGACUAGUGAAAAUAGUUAUAUGAACGAUGUAACGGGUAAAAGUUUCCCACAAAACGGUAAUAAUUUGGAUCCAACAAAAAAUGUGUCAAACAUGAAUGAACCACAGAAAGGCAAACCAUCUGGGCCGAAUGGGAAUAGUGCAGCAGCAGCUGGUCCAGUUGGAAUGCCACCAGCGCAUGAUGCCAGCGGCAUGCACUUAGGACCAUACGGUCAUCCAAUGCAACAUCAUCAUAUGCCACCCGAAAUUGAUCAGCAGCAGCAACCAAUUGAACAUAUGUAUAAUCCACAAGCGCCAUACGGUCGCUACCACGAUCCAAAUAUGCCCCCAAUGGAUAUGUAUGGAAGAUAUCAUCCUGGCGGGCUUGAAAUGAAAAUUUCACCAAAUCGACCACCACCACAAAGAUAUCCGCAACAACAGCCACAAACAUCGGCUUCAAAUCAGCAACAACAACAAUCUUAUUCGGCUCAUCCGACUCAUGCACCACAUACGGGUGAGCAAGCAGCACAAGAACAAACACAGCAGCCACCAAAUCCGAUAGGACAAACGCCAACACUAAAUUCACUAUUGCAAUCGCAUCAAACGGCUGGCCCACCACAGCCGCAUCAUCAUCGAUACCCGAAUAGCUACGAACAACAAUCAAGUCAGCAGCCAGCUUAUGGUGCCCAAACGUGGAAUCCAUCGGCUGCUCCACAACAGCGUCCAUACAGUCCACAAAUGGGCCAACAAGCUUACAGACCACCACCACCAAAUGCGAAUGCGGCACGAAUUCAUCCAUCAAUGGGUUCGUAUCCACCACCGCCUCCGCAACAAAAUCAAUCUGGCCAGUUGGGACCAGCAGGUGCAAUGCAAUAUUCACCGUAUCCACAACGAUAUCCAACGCCGCCAGGCAACGUGGCAACCGGAACCAAUCAUCGGCCCGCUUAUCCGGCAUCACAUCAGUAUCCUCCCGAUCAAUCGAGACCAUGGCCACCACCGACGGGGCCAACAGCUCAAACGACACAUGGACAUGCACCACAUCAACAUCCACCAUCACCUCAGCAUCAUGUCACCGCUCAAAGUCCAGUGCAUGCACCAAGUCCAUCGCCCCAACCGCCCCAACCAUCUAAUUCGCCGCAUCAGGAAAUUUGCCAGAACAGCAAUGAAAGUAAUGCACCUGGGGCAACGACAAAUACACCAAAUUCAAUGACGAUGCGACCAACACCAUCGCCAACUGGAAGCUCAGGAUCGAGGUCAAUGUCACCAGCAGUACCACAAAAUCACCGACCUCCUUAUCAACAUCCAGGCGAACAACAACAACCCAUGGAUCCGAAUGCACAGCAACAACGAUCUCCGAUGAUACCGAAUGCACAAUCGGCCAGCGAUUUCUACGAAAAAAGAAAUCUUCAAGGAAAUUAUCCAACACCACCUUCACCACACAAGUAUCCGCCACCACCACAAGCAACUGGCCCAAAUGCAAUGCCACCUCAAGGAAUGCCACCCUAUGGAAGUCAAUCGCAACAAUUUCCACAAGGCAACUAUCCUGCUCGACCACAAUACCCAUCAAAUUAUGGACAAGUUAAUGGUCCAGCUAACGCACCUCAUGUUCCAAAUCAAAAUCAAUAUGGCAGACCCAUGCCUAAUCAAACACAAUUCCCACAAGGAAAUUAUCCGACGCCUCCAACUCCUCAUAUGCAUGGUGCUUAUAAAGGCGGUGCAGUGAAUGGACCAGCACCAAAUUCAGCACCCGGUUCACCACGUCCAUUGAAUCAUUUGAAACAACAUUUAUUACACAAAGGUGGUUACGGCAAUCAAAGUCCAACAUCGCCACAAAGCUUUGUAAAUGGACCGGGAAUGCAUCAACCAAUGGGCCCGCCACAAAUGCAAGCCCCUUCGCGAAUGCAGGCUCCAGGAAGCAUGGGACCACCAUUUUCUCCGCAUCAUAAUUCACAAGCUGGAAAUACUCAUCAAGGCGGUAUGAUCCCGCUUCCCGAAUCACAAGACAAUGGCAUUUCGUCCGGCUCAUCAUCAUCGUCACAGCAUCCUGUAACGUCUGUUAUUACAACUGGCCCGGAUGGAACAACAAUUGAUGAGGCUAGUCAGCACAGUACUAUUUCCAAUGCCUCAGCAGCAUCAGAUCCAUCAGAUCCACAAUGCUCGACACCAAAACGAAAAGGAGAACCAUAUAAUCAAAGCCAUUUAGCAUCGGCUGGCAGCACGCCAACGAUGCACGAAGAUUUCGAAAUGGGAUCGCCAACUUGGCCACGAACACCAGCUAGUCCUGUUUUUAAUAGCCACACUGAACCAACACCGCAUCGAUCAUCGUCGAAGCAAAAAUCGGACAGUCUGUGUAAAUUAUAUGAAAUGGAUGAUAAUCCAGAGCGACGACCAUUCUUAGAUAAAUUGCUUAGUUUUAUGGAAGAGAGACGAACACCGAUCACAGCUUGUCCAGCGAUAUCGAAGCAACCAUUAGAUUUGUAUCGUUUAUACACAUCAGUUAAAGAACGUGGUGGUUUUCUUGAUGUUUGUAAGGUUCCUAAGAGUAAAUUAUGGAAAGACGUUGCCGCUAUACUUGGAAUUGGUGCUAGCAGUAGUGCAGCGUAUACAUUAAGAAAACAUUACACAAAGAAUUUGCUCCCAUUCGAAUGUCAGUUUGAUCGUGGCGGCAUUGAUCCAUUACCGCUUAUUCAGCAAGUUGAAUCAAAUUCGAAGAAGAAAACGCCAAAACCCGCAUCAGCUCCAUCACCAGACGCAAACCACAAAGGUUCAUCGAAUUCACAAGACUCAUUUCAAGUAGCUCAAAUUCAGUCGCCACCUGGUUCAAGUUCUGCAUCCAUGGAUAGUUUUAAUGCAUAUCCGCCACCACCUCAACAGCAGCCGCCACAGCAACAGCAACAGCAGCAACAACAGCAACAACAACAACAACAGACACAACAGCAAACAACUGGCCCAAGCGUUCCGGUUCCACCAAAUGCCUAUCCACAACCGAACGCUGCAGGUAAAAGCGCAACAUCAACGCCACAAUAUCCAGUCGAACAACAACCGUACGGUCCACCAGCUCAACAGCCACCAUUUCAACAGCCUCAACAAGGCCAAUUUGCAGCACCAAAUCGUUAUCCACCUUAUGGUGAUGCUCCUGAUGCCAGAUAUAAUCAGCAUCAGUCACCACAUCAGCCACCGCAUCAGCCACCGCCGCCUCCGACUGCUCAACAAAGUGCUACACAAGCACCACCAUCUUCCCAAGCUCCAUCUGGACCAUUGCCUAAUGCACCACCUUCACAAUAUCCACAAGGUCCACCGCCACAGCAAUUCGAUUAUCGACAACAAGAACCACCGCAGUCAAGGCGUCAUCCAGAUUUUGCAAAAGAAUCUCAAUAUUCACCAGCGCCAGCUCCAUAUAAUCAACGGCCUCAGCUUUAUCCAAAUUGGCAGGGCAAUGCCAGCCCAUCGCAUUAUAAUCGUCAAUAUCCUCAAGCACCACAACAAUGGGCCAAUCAACGAUUACCGGGACCACCUGUUGGUCCCAUGGGAGCGCCCGUUCAAAAUGCUCAAUGGGAGCAACAACGUUAUCCACCACAAAACACACAUCCUCCCUAUCCAGGUAAUCAAGUGCAACCACCGCAAUGGACUGGCAUGAAUCAAUCACAAUUGAGCAAUGUUCCUGCCAUUCGGCCACCGCAACGUCCUGGUCAAAUUCCUGGUAAAAAUAUUGCAGGUCCAAUGCCACCGCCGCAGUUGGCAAAACAAACACAAGUUGCACCAUUUCCAAGUGCAUCGCCCGCCAAACGUGAUAUUGUCUUUCCGACUAAAACUCCUAAUGUAGGUGAUAGCGUUGAAGCUGUUACACCGUUGCUGUAUCGACGAAAGCGGCUUACGAAAACCGACAUCGGUCAAACGGAUAUGUGGCGAAUAUUCAUGUGUCUUCAAUCAGGACUAUUGUCGGAGAGUACAUGGGCAUUGGAUGUGUUGAACAUUUUAUUAUUCGACGAUUCAUCGAUUCAAUGGUUUUCAUUGGCAUAUUUACCCGGUCUGUUGAAUAUGCUGCUCGAUCAUUUCCAAAAGAGUUUGACCGAUAUGUUUGACAGUAAUAAGUUUAGCGGACGACCGGCAAAGCCACAAUUGAAAGCCGAAAAUAAUAGAAUAUUGAGCAAAGAUGAUGCAAUCGUGGAUGGCAAGGGAAAUGAUGACGACGACGAUAACGAAGAAGAGGACGACGAUGGAUUGCUGAAAGAUUGCAAAGAAUUUGUUGAUUUAGGACAAGUUACCAAACAGCCAAAUCCAAAUGAGCGUUUAGUUGUGUUCCAUUCAAUGACCAAUUAUACAAUGUGCUCGCGCAAAGGUGUGCCGGUUCGAAUAAAAGAAGCCGAUGAUGAUAUUUUUGUGCUGGAUUCAAAACGAAACUGGGACAUUCAUGCCGAUGUUGAUCAACAAAUCAACACUGACGCAGAGAAUGAUGUUUGGUCAUAUGGUCACAUCGAACCCGAUCCGUAUACGCACAUUAUUGAUCCAUUUAAAGGUGAAUUCGUAAACAUUCCAUUUGCAAAAUACAUUAAAUCAAGUGAUAGAAAACGAAAAGCGUCGGCCGAUGAAACGAACGCCGAAAAGAAAACGGUCACAAGCGAUGCACCAAAUUCGGCCAAUGGUGAUAGUAAAAAAUCAAGUGUACAUAGUCCAAAUCCUAGUGUAAAAGAAGAAAAAAUUGACGACAUAAACGAUGAACCAAAAGUCGUUGAUGUAAACGAUGCCGAUAAAGCGGUGGCAAUCGAAAAGACAAAAGAUAUCAAAUCGGAGCCAAUGGAAACGGAUGAGAAUGAAACAACAGCAGCGGCGACGAAGAAAACCGACGAUUCGACAUCGUCAAAAACUAGCGAGAGCAGUGAACCAAGUAAAAAAGAACAAUCGCCAAUUAUGGAUAGCGAUUGUCGUGAGGUUGACAUGGAAUUGGAAAAACUAUCGAAUGGGCCACAGAGCAAUGAUGCAACUGCCAAUGUAAAAGAGAGCGAAAGUAUAAAGUCUGACAAUACAACGAACUCAUUCGACGUGAAGAAAACAAUUCAAGAUCCGGCUGAAACAUUAAAACGUCGUCGCAUCGGCGAUUUCGAAGAUGAAUGCUAUGCACGUGAUGAAGCCUCUCUAUAUUUAAUUAGCGAAAGUCAAGACACUGUUGCACGACGCUGUAUAUCAAUAUCAAACAUUCUACGAAAUUUGACAUUUGUCCCCGGCAAUGAAACUGUAUUCGCCAACUCUGAAACAUUCCUAGCCAUUUUGGGUCGAAUUUUAUUAUUGCAUCACAAGCAUCCGGUGCGAACACAAACCAUUCGCAAUUACGAUCGUGAGGAUGAUAACGAUUUCUCUGAUUCGUGUAGCAGUUUACAAGGCGAAAAUGAAUGGUGGUGGGACUAUUUGAUUCAGUUACGUGAAAAUAUGAUGGUGGCCGUUGCCAAUAUUGCCGGUCACAUGCAAUUGACCAACUAUGAUGAAAUCAUCGCACGACCAUGCCUUGAUGGUUUAUUACACUGGGCCAUAUGUCCGUCGGCCCACGGACAAGAUCCAUUCCCGUCGAGCGGUCCAACAUCGGUAUUAUCACCACAACGAUUAGCAUUGGAAGCACUCUGCAAGAUUUGCGUAACCGAUGCAAAUGUUGAUUUAGUGAUUGCAACACCGCCAUUCUCACGCCUCGAAAAUUUAUGCUCAGUACUAACUCGACAUUUAUGCCGAAAUGAAGAUCAAGUGUUGCGUGAAUUUUCCGUUAAUUUAUUGCAUUAUUUAGCAUCCGCUGAAAGUUCAAUGGCACGAACAGUUGCACUGCAAAGUCCAUGCAUUUCGUAUUUGGUGGCGUUUAUCGAACAAGCCGAACAAACGGCAUUGGGCAUUGCAAAUCAACAUGGCAUCAAUUAUUUGCGUGAAAAUCCCGAUUCAAUGGGAACGAGUUUAGAUAUGCUCCGAAGAACGGCUGGUACACUAUUGCAUUUGGCUCGGCAUCCAGAUAAUCGGCCGCUAUUUUUACAACAAGAACAACGUCUGCUCGGUCUUGUGAUGAGCCACAUUUUAGAUCAACAAGUUGCAUUGAUCAUAUCGAGGGUAUUGUUUCAAGUGUCACGUGGCGGUGGUGCAUGUGAAUCGCCUGCAAAAAAGGUGAAACGACGUCCGUUACCACAAAAUUCUGCCACAAAAUUAGUUCCAAAUACUGAAUCAUCAAUUCCAGUGUCAUAAUAUCCAGCAAACGAUGUACCACAUUCAUCCCAACCAGUCUGUGUUCCUUCGACAAAUAGAAAUGUUUUGAACGUGUAAUAUAUAGCUUGAAGGAUAGACGCAUAUGCAUCCGAUCCAUACAUUGACACAUAUUCUCUCUCUUACACACACAUACAUACACACAAAAAUACAAAUAUUUGUAGUGCGAUAUAACAAACCAGUAGACCGUGUUAUGUUCACGACAUUUUCUUUUUCCUUCUAACAAAAAAAAACAUGUGCAUAAAUCAUUUGCUAUGUGACAUUGAGUGGACAAACAACCCGUUAACCAGUAAGGAGUUGAUAUAAAUUAGUGAAGGAAUAAAAAAGAGAAACUUGUAUUGCUAAACACAAACUAUAAAAAAAAAAAACAAUUUAUAAAAUGUAGUCUCUAAGCCAAAACGCUAUUCGGAUUUGUACUUUAAAGAAAGAAGAAGAAAAAACCAUUAGAGAGAUCUGACAACACAAAACAUACAAAGAAUAUUAUAUUAUACGUAUAUUAUAAUUGAUAUUUGAAAAAAAAAACGAAAAGCGUGCAUGCAAAAAAGCGAACAGAACACUGGUCAAAUUGAAAAUUGUUCACGGGGCAGAUAUUAUAUUUGGGAAGCAAAUUAUUAUGAAAACUGCAAGUUAAAUAUAAGAAAUUUAGUUCGUAAGCUAGUGAGAACACACGCAAGAUAAAGACACGAUAUGCAUUUGAAUUAGAGUGACGACAAUGCCAACAAUAACGACAAUGACGACGACGAUAGCUAUGGAAUCAAUUAUAGACAAUUCCAUAAUUAUAUAUGUGGUGACAUGUAUCGUGUUCUAAAUAAUUACUGGCUUUGUGUCGAUACCUCCUAUCUUUUCGACUACCUAUCUAACACUCACACACCCCCCACAAAAUGCAAAAACAAAUAAAUGAUAUAUAGAUAUAUAGUGAAGUGAUCGACUCAUAAAUAACAAUUGUAAAUAGAAAACAUAAACAAAACGAAAAAAAAAAAAAU